AAUAAACUUCCAUAUUUCAAAAUGUUGCGAUUGUUUACUCCAGACAAACUAUUUAAAAUGCAGAGUCACAAACCACCGAUUGUAUCUCAAGCUCUAAACCUGCCAUUAAAAUCAGCAGUGAUUACCUAGUUGAUUCAGUUCGACACAAGCCAGUCAAAGACUAGCUACAUUCGUAGCCACCAUUUGAUUGAGCGCGCUUUGAUAGAUUUAAGACAAAAUCAGGUUAACCAUCAUGAUUGCACCAGCUAGGGGGACGACCUAAACGAUUGCCACUGCUGACUGCUUGCUUACCAAUCAACACACCCCGUCCCGAAGUGAAGUGAAGUGCUUUGAGCGUCUUGUUGGCGGUGACACAUUGUAGAGAUACCCCUAGUUCAAACGAAAGUGAAAGACUCGGGUGGUGCGAGUGAAGACCAGUUUCUGGGUUGUGGUGGCCCCCUUUUCGUGACUGCCAAUCACGGGUGGCUCCAACGACGACGUCGACGACGACGACGGUGCCAAAGCCGAAGCCGAAGGUAUUACUUAACCGAGUUGUGUGUGAUAUUGGGUGAUUUAGGAGUGGCGACGAUGACUGAACGGGUUUGACUUCCGAGGCUGCUGCAGGGUGUUUACUUUAAAUCAAGUGGAUAGCAGAAGGUGUAAUUUGACACUGCCGCAUAGAGCAUAAUUGCCGGACGGGGGGACUGCCGGUUCGAGAUGAAGCUUCCUGGCGUGGCAUCCGUGCUGUCAUGUGCUCCGGCGGUCCUAAUUGGAUUGAUCUGCCUCACCCUGGGACUGCUGGUGGAACCAAUUCAAGCACAAAACCAGCAAGACCCCAACAAUGUGUUCAACACCAGCUCGUGUCUGGAGAAACCCUAUCGCUGCCCUCACCCACGAAUCAAGUUCUACCUCUACACCAAACGUACCCAGCAGAACCCGGAGCUGAUCGAUGUUCUGGAUCAGGAGUCUCUCUACAACACCCACUGGAAUCCGAAGCACCCAGUGAAAAUUGUCAUCCAUGGAUUCGGUGGGGGUCGCAACCUUUCACCCAGCCCCGACAUGAGGAAGGCUUACUUCAUUCGGGGUAGCUAUAACAUCAUCAUCGUCGAUUACGGGUCGGCAGUAACGGAGCCAUGUCUGAGCCAAAUCGAGUGGGCGCCUCGCUUCGGAAGCUUGUGCGUGUCGCAACUAGUCAAAUACUUGGCCAAGCACCCGCGAGGUGUUCCCCCCGAUAGUAUGCACCUGAUCGGGUACAGUGUGGGGGCGCACAUUGCUGGACUGGUGGCGAACUACCUGACGCCGGAGGAAGGAAAACUGGGGCGGAUCACUGGAUUGGAUCCGACGAUUUUCUUCUAUGCAGGAACGAACAACUCGAGAGAUUUGGAUACCAGUGAUGCACAUUUUGUAGAUAUUAUUCAUACCGGAGCCGGAAUUUUGGGGCAAUGGAGCGCGAGUGGACAUGCCGAUUUCUACGUGAAUGGUGGAACUAGUCAGCCGGGCUGUGCGAGCACUACAAUAUUUCAAACGCUCGCCUGCGACCACACCAAAGUAACGCCGUACUUCAUCGAAUCGAUCAACAGCGAACGUGGGUUCUGGGCUGGUCCCUGUUCCACGUUGGUGUCCUACCUGCUGGGCUGGUGUGAACCCAAGGACUCCGAUUACGUACUGAUGGGCGAGCACGUUUCCCAUAAAGCUCGUGGAGUGUACUACGUAACGACGAACGCCAAACCCCCUUACGCCAGGGGCUUUCCGGGGAAGAAUCGACGAACGGCCAAAAACAGCGAAUACGGUGGCGUCCGGCGGAAGUGACCCUGGUAGACGGUUCUUCCAAAGCCGAGCGGAGUCAUCGAAAGCAAAAUGGUUGUGAUACAAUAAAAUAUGUUAUUGUUAAGAAGCAUAGAAGCAUACACCGGAGCGCACGGAAAUCAAACGCCGAAAUCAGUGACAUAAAACCGUAUUUCUAGAGUUAAUUGUGUAGAGUAGAAGUGUAGUGUGUUCGGAUACAGAGUAUAGAAACUAACAACGUGGGGAAAGUUCAAAUACGCAGCAGAUUAACACCGUAACCGUAGGCAGUAGACAUGUAGAGAAUCAAAACCGUCGAAUAAUUUAUGCACUUUGGCUAGAAGUGAGCAGCUUAGAAGCGAAUUAAACUAGUAAACGCGCCAAAUAGAUUUAAGCUUCCAAGGAGAAACGGCACGCGGAGUGCUUUGCGAAAACAAGUGUUACCUGUUCUGAGGAAUGCCACUUGAUAGGAUUGUGAAAUGUAGCAGUAAUGAUCAAAAUAACUUGUGCUUACUGAAUGACGUGCAAAUAAAGUGUUCACCUUAGAAUAAUGAAUAAAACGCUUUUCGAUUCUCAACAGUUUAAUAUAUACGUAUCUUUAUUGUUGUCUCAUACUUUUAAAUGAUUCAAUAUAGUUGCUGUUCUUCUUGUCUUUUUUUUUUUAAUUUUAUCUUCGAUUGCUGUUGUAGCCGUUGUACCACACUUCUCUAUUGGAUUCUUUGGGGACUUCAGCUUAUUUCCGUUUGAUUUUCAUUUUUCAUUACAUUUACCGUAGAGCCUACAUUCGCUCGCGAACACGAUGAAGAAACGUACUUUUCCAGUUAGUUGUUAUACAUACGAUCAAUGUCAUAGUUGAGUAAUGGGUGCACUUGAUUUGAUUUAUACAUUGGAGACUAGUGUAAUCGAACUUGAAACUUAUGAUUUAUUAUAUUUCAUUAUUUACUAGAAUAUCCUAUCACCUGUCGCUAUCAGUGUAAACAAUUAUAUUGAUAAUGAUUUGCAAUGUUUUUCUUUAUAUUCUUGUUUGUCAGUUGCCUGAAUACUGAUUUUCCCCUCUCCUGCUCAGCAAAGAUUUCUGUUUUCUUCCAUAUAAUAAGAGUCUGUUAAAUACUUUUCAAUUCAACAACAAUUAGUAUAACGAAACUUAACCGGUCUGAGAAUCGGCCCAGCUCUGAACGAUCAAAACGGCUAGGUUGUCUCGUUGUCUGCUAGUCUAGAUUGGGUGUGUAUAUUGAGUUUGUUAUACUUACGGGAAGGAUGUGCUACUAGAAAGGGAGGAUGGAACUUACUGGAGAAGUUGCCAUCCUAGUGGAUUUAUUAGGUCUAUUAAACUUAUUAGUUAUUGAAUAUACAGUGCUCUUUAGUUGAUAAGAAAUAAAUGACAAUCAUACUUAUUAAACGACUAUAUGGUAACAGAGUUAAAUCGAUCACUUUUAGGGACAGACAUAUUUGUUGAAGAAACACAAAUCCUAAUGAACCUUAACCGCAAUACCCGUUAUUGAAUUAUUUAUCCAUACAUAUUAGUAACAAAUUUGACUAAAUUAACUGAACGUGUAGAAUCAGUCACCUGUUAUUAUGUACAGGGAUUUGCAUACUGUUUUAAAUUCUGCGUACAGGGUACUAAAUAUAUACAAUGAUGCACUCGAUUCCAAAAUGGUUGUUCCUAUUCAGUUCAUUAUGAUGCAGAUGAUGGCUUCAUUAUGUCUACACUACGCUCCAUAGUAGAGCAGCAAAGUUAAAUAUUUGCUUGCAGGCGUACAACUAAGAAGCGGUAUUUUGUUUAAAUCAGCUAGUAUUAUACACAGAUUCUUCUGAAUCAGCGCUUACAAUCUAGAGUUUUAUUGUAUUCGUCACAUUUGUGAUUUGUUUGGUUUUUGCUCUUUACAUGCUUGCUUACAUGCUAAAGGUAAUCAACUAAAAGUGAAUCGUGUUGAAAACUUAACAAUUGAUUGAAAAGAUAAACGGUUCAACUCGGAACAGAACAUAAUCGUUAACCUGUGUUUUAUGAUUAUCUUACAUACUAGGGUUUUAUUGUCAACACAGCCUUUGAGAGUGAGUACACCUCAAAUUGGUUUGGUUUAUUCUUAACUUAUAUAUAUAUCAUCCGUAUUAGUCAGGAUUUAAAAUUAUCUAAUACUUAAGCGUCACUCUAUCAUCCAAUUCUCACGCAUUCCUGUCAAAAAUAAAAACUUUCGCAUUACGUUCUCCACUGGACUGUGCACUUAGAUUUCAUAAGUGAGAUAACUUGUACACUCAGGCAAAUAAACCUAUGAUUAUCAUAAGGUCUAAUUUAUGAAAUGGCCUUAAAACAAUUCAUAACGGCUAGAACGAUUUUCAUAAGGUCGGUCUAUGACGCAGAAUCGACUCACAGAUUGGCUUUUAUACACAUUUAGCAACACGAUAUUCUCAAGCGUCGAUCUCAGUGAUCUCGACGUUCAUGGAUCGAUUCCAGUAUGCAUCAUUUUGUGAUUUUUCUGCUCUUUUCAUAAGUUUAUCUUAUGUAAUUAAGUCAUAAUAAGCAUGUUCAAUUUUCAUAAGGUAUUCUUAUGGCAUCCAUACUUUACAGUUAUGGCUAAAUUUCAUAAAGUAUUUUGAUGAAUUUCGGUAGGUUACUUCGCUGA